GCAUGGCAAGUUGAGUUGUCCUGGUGGAAAUCCUCUCCAUGAGUUGAAUUUUAUUUCAUGACAAUCACGCCAGUUUGGUACAGUUCGCGGUGAGGUGAGGUUAUCGUAACUGUGCCAGUUGAAAUUUUUUCGUCCGAAAUAAUCGUAUAUAAAGGUAACCUCAUCAAAAAGGAAGUUUUUGAUUCCUUAAUAAAAUGUUUAUUCGUUUAACCACUCCAAGCUCCCUGUUAAGAUUGAAAGUACAUACAAAAUGUACAAGCUGGUCCAAAUGUUUUUAUUCCACAAAGAUCGAGUACAAACCUAUCCGAAGUGUCCUUGUUGCAAACAGAGGUGAGAUUGCUGUUCGAGUGUUCAGAGCUUGUAAUGAAUUGGGCAUCAAGUCGGUGGCUAUCUAUUCAAAAGAAGAUAGAGCACACAUUCAUAGAUUGAAGGCAGAUGAAAGUUACAUAGUUGGAGAAGGUUUGCCCCCUGUAGAGGCAUAUCUAAACAUUCCUGAAAUAAUCAGGAUCUGUAAAGAUCAUGGAAUUGAUGCUGUCCAUCCUGGAUAUGGUUUUCUAUCAGAAAGAUCAGAUUUUGCACAGGCAGUCAUUGAUGCUGGAAUUAGAUUCAUUGGACCAUCUCCUAAGGUGGUUCAACAGAUGGGCGACAAAGUAGCUGCCAGAGAGGCUGCCAUUGCUGCCGGUGUACCUAUAGUACCAGGUACUGAUGGACCGAUUACCACAAAGGAAGAAGCCAGAGAAUUCUGUGCAACCUAUGGACUCCCUGUCAUUUUCAAGGCAGCAUAUGGAGGUGGAGGUAGGGGUAUGAGAGUUGUGAGGAAAAUGGAAGAAGUUGAAGAGAACUUCAUUAGAGCGUCUUCUGAGGCAGAAAAGGCGUUUGGAAAUGGUGCUAUGUUCAUUGAGAAAUUCAUUGAGAGACCCAGACAUAUAGAGGUUCAGUUACUGGGUGACAAGGCCGGUAACAUAGUCCAUCUGUAUGAAAGGGACUGUUCUGUUCAAAGAAGACAUCAAAAGGUUGUGGAAAUGGCUCCUGCCCCUCAUUUGGAUCCUGCCAUACGAAAUAAGAUGACUGAAUUAGCUGUAAAGCUUGCGAAACAUGUGGGAUAUGAGAAUGCUGGUACAGUCGAGUUCCUUUGUGAUAGUAAAGGAAAUUUCUAUUUCAUUGAAGUUAAUGCAAGGUUACAAGUAGAACAUACUGUAACAGAAGAAAUAACCGGUAUUGACUUGGUACAGUCCCAGAUAAGGAUUGCUGAGGGAAUGACACUUCCAGAAAUGGGAAUCAAACAAGAAACUAUUAAGCCUGACGGUUUUGCCAUUCAAUGUCGUGUGACUACUGAAGAUCCUGCCAAAAACUUCCAACCUGACACUGGGCGUAUCGAAGUAUUUAGAUCAGGUGAAGGAAUGGGUAUUCGUUUAGAUGGAGCCAGUGCAUUUGCUGGUGCAAUAAUAUCGCCCUAUUAUGAUUCAUUAUUGGUGAAAAUCAUAGCUCAUUCCAAAGAUCUCCAAUCGUCUUGUGCAAAAAUGAACAGAGCUCUCCGAGAAUUCAGAGUGAGAGGUGUUAAAACUAAUAUUCCCUUCUUGCUGAAUGUACUAGAGAAUCAGAAGUUUUUGAAUGGAUCUGUUGACACAUAUUUCAUCGAUGAAAAUCCUCAACUAUUCAAAUUUGCCCAAACUCAGAACAGGGCUCAAAAAUUGCUUAAUUAUUUAGCUGAAGUAUUGGUGAAUGGACCACAAACACCUCUGGCUACAAAUUUGAAACCAAGUGAAAUAAAACCACAUGUGCCUGAAGUAUCUAGGGAGUACUUGGGUCCUAAGUGUCCAGAAAGUAGCAAACCACCAAAAGGUCUCCGACAAAUCUAUAAAGAGCAAGGCCCUGAAGCUUUUGCAAAAGCUGUCAGAUCUAGGAAGAACCUACUGCUGAUGGAUACAACAUUUAGGGAUGCCCACCAGUCACUUCUAGCUACUAGAGUCCGUACUCACGAUUUACUGAAGAUAUCACCCUUCGUUUCUCAUAAUUUCAGCCAACUCUACUCCAUGGAGAAUUGGGGAGGAGCCACUUUUGAUGUAGCAUUGAGAUUUUUACAUGAAUGUCCUUGGGAGAGAUUGGAAGAAAUGAGAGCUUUGAUUCCCAAUAUUCCUUUCCAGAUGCUGUUAAGAGGUGCCAAUGCAGUUGGUUAUACCAAUUAUCCAGACAAUGUUGUGUUCAAGUUUUGUGAAUUAGCCGUACAAACUGGAAUGGAUGUAUUCAGAGUUUUCGAUUCUCUCAACUACUUGCCCAACAUUCUGGUAGGAAUGGAGGCAGCUGGUAAGGCUGGAGGAAUAGUAGAAGGUACCAUUUCAUAUUCGGGAGAUGUUAGCGAUCCAAAGAAGAAAAAAUAUGACUUGAAUUACUAUUUGAAACUAGCCGAGGAAUUGGUUAAAGGUGGUACUCACGUGCUGGCAAUUAAAGAUAUGGCUGGACUGCUUAAACCUAAAGCUGGAAAACUUCUAGUAACAGCUCUCCGUGACAAGUAUCCAGAUCUACCCAUUCACAUUCAUACUCACGAUACCAGUGGAGCUGGAGUUGCAGCCAUGUUAGCAUGUGCUGAAGCUGGAGCAGAUGUUGUAGAUGUUGCAGUUGAUUCAAUGUCAGGACUUACUAGUCAACCAUCUAUGGGAGCAAUUGUAGCUAGUUUACAGGGAACUGACUUAGAUACAGGUUUGGCACUGGACAAAAUUUCAGAAUAUUCGGCUUAUUGGGAACAAACAAGAACAUUGUACGGGCCUUUUGAAUGUACCACCACCAUGAGAAGUGGAAAUGCUGACGUAUACAACAAUGAGAUACCUGGAGGACAAUACACCAACCUACAAUUCCAAGCCUAUUCAUUAGGUCUAGGAGACUUCUUUGAAGAUGUUAAGAAAGCAUAUGCUGAAGCUAACCAACUUCUUGGUGAUAUAAUCAAAGUAACCCCAAGUUCUAAAGUCGUAGGAGACCUUGCUCAGUUCAUGGUGCAAAACAAACUGAAGAGUCAAGACGUUUUGGAUAAAGCUGAAGAACUGUCAUUCCCUAAAUCGGUUGUGGAGUACUUGCAAGGCCACAUUGGGCAACCUUACGGAGGUUUCCCAGAACCUCUCAGAUCGAAGAUUCUAAGAGAUAUGCCCAGAAUUGAAGGCAGACCUGGUGCUUCUUUAUCGCCUCUAGAUUUCAAGAAACUAGGUUCAGAUUUGAAAGAAACUUUCCCUAAUUCGAAUGAUAGGGAUGUAGUUUCUGCAGCACUUUAUCCACAAGUUACCAACGAAUAUCUUGCAUUCAAGGAGAAAUUUGGCCCAGUUGAUAAACUAGAUACUAGAAUGUUCCUUGUUGGUCCAAAAGUAGGUGAAGAAUUUGAAGUAACAAUUGAACAAGGAAAGACCCUAGGUAUUAAGACAUUAGCCAUGGCUGAAGACUUAACUGAAAACGGGGAAAGAGAAGUAUUCUUCGAACUGAACGGAACAUUGAGGUCAGUUUAUAUAAGAGACAAAGAUGCAGGCAAAGAAAUUGAGGUACAUCCUAAAGCGAACAAAGCAAACAAAAAUGAAGUUGGAGCACCAAUGCCUGGACAAGUUAUAGAUAUAAGAAUUAAAGUAGGAGAUAAGGUUGAAAAAGGAACUCCAUUGGUUAUCCUUUCUGCAAUGAAGAUGGAGACUGUAGUACAAAGUCCUGUAGCAGGAAUUGUCAAAACAAUUGAGGUUAACAUGGGUAUGAAGUUAGAAGCAGAAGAUUUGCUGAUCACAGUUGAAUAAAAAGGUUAUUCAGAUCUAAAAUUUUAAUCCAGUUCAAUUUAUUGUUGGUCCUUUUUUUGUUAAGUUUGUGAUUAUACCAUUUUAUUGAAUAAUUUUAUAUUGAUCCUAGUAAUUGUUCCAAGAUAUUUGAAAUUUUUGAAUUGUUAUAUACUGGCGAUAUACUUUUGUUACAAAUAUAUAUAUUUUUUAUACUCGA